ACUGCUUACUCCUGAGUUGCAACCAGGGUCAGAGAUGUGUGUACGCUUCUGGUACUGGUUGCCUGCAGAAUUUACUAAUACUCUUGCAGUGCAUUUGCUUUGGGGCGGUCAGGAAAGUGAUGCACUUUGGGAAUCCUCUGGAGCGCCCUCUACAGGCUGGGAGGUGGCAGAGGUCACUGUGUCGUCACCUGGCAAAUUCCAUGUGGUGUUUAAAGCAUUCCAUGUGCCAGGAAUGAGUUCCACUGUGAAAAUAGAUGAUGUCUCUAUAAGGGAUGGGGCCUGCAGUCCUCCAGGCAGCUGUGACUUUGAGUCUGGACAGUGCACCUGGGUCAGUGUCCCUACAGAAGGUGGACAUGAGUGGGUGCUGGCUAAUGGGGGUUUUCCGGGUCCACCAACUGACCACACCACCCAAAGCCCCAGUGGAUGGUUCUUGUUGAGCUCAUCUCAGCACCAAAACCACAGCAGUAAAGCACAGGUAGUGUCAGAAUGGAUCCAACUAAAAAACACCACCUCCUGUCUCACCUUCUGGUACCAUAUGGGAAGCAGUGACUCAGGAACGUUGCAGUUGUUCAUGCGUUCAGGACCAACAGAGGAGAAUGUGAUGUUCCACAGUAACAGCAGUGAACACAGAUGGACCAGGUUCUCUCAGCCCUUAAUGAAGAAUGAACCUUUCCAGCUGGUGAUCGAAGCAAAAACUAAUAACAAAGGAUUUAUUGCCAUUGAUGACAUCGCUAUCACACCAGGCCUUUGUCAAGGGAAUGAAACAAGUGCAAGAUUUGUGGGAUGUUCAUUUGAGAAUGGCUCAUGCAGCUGGGAGGACAUCAGUGUUGGUCCGUUUCAGUGGGUGAGAAGGAACGCGACUGGGAACACUGGACCUUCUGUGGACCACACACUGGGUACCCAGCUGGGUUGGUAUCUGGCAGUGGAAGUCGACCGAGGAGACCAAAUGAGCCCUGCUGCACUGCAGAGUCCAGUCAUGAAAGAGGCCAGCACCACCUGCACGUUACACUUCUACUACAACAUGUAUGGAGAGGACAUGCAGGAGCUGAACGUGCUGCUUAAGGUGGGCUCUAGGACCACUGCAUUGUGGUGGCUGUCUGGUAACCAUGGAAAUAAGUGGCAUCACGGCGAGGUUACACUUAGUCGAAUCCCUCAGGACUUCACCAUCCUGUUUGAAGCCUCCAGGACUUUCUCUAAGCCUGGACACAUUGCCAUUGAUGACAUAAACUUCACCAACUGUUCCCUGCCUGAUCCCCAGCCCUCCUGUCCAGAGAAUAUGUUCACAUGCAACAACAGUGUGUGUGUGGACAUCAGCCAAGUGUGUGAUUUCAGUGAUGACUGUGGGGACCGAUCAGAUGAGGACAACUGUGAGCAACAAGGGGUGGUUGAGCUGUGUAGCUUCGAACAUGGUUUGUGUUCCUGGGAGAGGAGUGACGUGGACACACCUGGAGCUGAGUGGACACGCCACAAAGGACAGGAAGCCUGGCCUGACCGUGGACCACCCAGAGAUCACACCCAGAACUCUGCUGCAGGACACUAUAUCAUCCCUGGGAGCCACAUGACCAGGAAGGGCCAGACAGCAGAGAUCCUCUCCAAAACCUUACUACCCUCCUUCAACUGCUCUGUGAGAUUCUUCUACUACAGCCUGAAUGAUGCUACAGGCAGACUCUCAGCUCAGUCCAGGUCACAGCGAUCUGGUGAAAACGACAGCAUUCUAUGGCUCAAGGAAAACCUCCAGAGCUACAGCUGGCAAAGAGCGGAGUUCACAUUUUCCUCUGCAACCAACAGCAAGAUCGUCUUCAGCUAUAAAUUAGGUGACAGUCAGGGGCUUGUUUCACUGGACGACAUCUCUUUCUCCAGAGAAUGCGCAUUUGAUCCUAACAACACAGAACUACCUGACACUGCACCCACCUCUGCCCCGCCUACAACCACCAACUCACCCACUUCUCCAACCACAACCUCACCCACAAACCCCUGUCAGGACAAUCAGUUUUUCUGUUGGCAGUCACCUGGAGCAGUAUGUGUCCAGGCUGAUGCACAGUGUGACUAUCAUCCGGACUGCCCACAGGGGGAGGAUGAGCAUGGCUGUGGCCCUUGCACAUUUGAACAUGACCAGUGUGGGUGGACUGACAACAGCAAUGGACAAAGCAAAUGGCAGAGGCAGAAAGCCAGCAACAGCACAGAGCCCCCCACUGACCACACCGUUGAAACAGGCUACUACAUGCGAGUGAAUCUUAGCGAAGGACAAACACAGAGUGAAGCCCGCCUCCAGAGCCCCACUCUCUCUCCCUCAUCCCCCUUCUGUCAGAUUCUGUUUCACUUCCACAUCAGUUCAGAGGCUUCUGGGUCACUCAGAGUGCUUAUGCAGCAAGCUGAAGGGAGUGAAGCAAUCCUGUGGUCACGCAGUCAUAACACUGUCUCCCAUUGGACUUCAGAGUAUCUGCCAUUAGGACAGCACCAACAACCCUACAAGGUUUGGUUUAGCAGCAUCAAUAAAGUGUCUCCUGAGGGCACAACCACUGGAGCUCAUGUUGUUGCAGUGGAUGAUAUCUCUUUUCUGAACUGUGAAAAGUCCUUCCAGCCACCAGCCCUUUCAGCUUCUGACUGUUCUUUUGAGGAUGAUCUCUGUGUGUGGGUUCAGGGGAAUGAAGAUGAGUUAGACUGGAUCGGUAGGUCUGGUCCCACUGACACCCCAAACACUGGACCUUCUGGAGACCACACCACUGGCAGAGGAAGGUACCUUUACAUCAGCAGUUCCCCACCAAGUGAAAAGGGAAAUGUUGCUCAUCUGAAAUCUACGUUGCUGCCACCUGCUGGUCAAAAUGGAUACUGUUUUACAUUUUGGUACCACAUGUUUGGAGCGACUGUGGGCUUCUUGAGGAUACUUUUGCAGACAGCAGACCCUUUGGACAAAACAGUGGUGUGGCAAAAAUCAGGAAAUCAAGGGGAUGAGUGGCUGCUGGUGCAGAGACAUGUGACCCUGCAGAAAGUCCACCAAGUGAUUCUAGAGGCUACAGUUGGAGGAGAGGCAGGAGACAUAGCCAUCGAUGACAUCUCAUUCAGUAGUGGACCGUGUCCUGCCUCUGAUUUGUGUGACUUUGAGGAGGGGAGCUGUAACUGGCAGCAGGAGACCACCGAUGACUUUGAUUGGGUCAGACAGUCGGGCUCCGCCCCCAGCCCAUUCACAGGACCAGACAGUGACCACACCACCAACACACCCACAGGUUAUUACUUCUAUCUGCCCUCGUCUACUGCUGACCGCACUGGGCAGACAGCUGAAAUGUCUUCACCUCUGUACCCUGCAGACAAAGGAGCUUGUGUGCAGCUGUGGUACCACAUGUUCGGAAAAGGAGUGGGGACCCUGAAUGUUUACCAGCAGAGUGAAGAAGGGAGGCGAGUUCUGCUUUUCUCACAGACAGGAGACCAAGGUCGGCUGUGGAGGUUUGCUCAGGCCUCACUCCUGUCUCUGGUUCAGCCUUACAGGAUCGUGGUGGAAGGCAUCAAGGCUGGCCCCACACAGGAAGGAGACAUGGCAUUCGAUGACGUCCAGCUGACAGAUAUUCACUGUCCGGCUCCUGGAAACUGUGAUUUUGAGAUCAAUAUGUGCAGCUGGAGCAACCUGGGCGGAGGAGUUGACCAGGGAGAUUGGCUCCGUGGAAGAGGAGACUCCCCAAACCCCAACACUGGACCCAGCGUGGAUCACACCACCAACUCCUCACAUGGUUACUACAUGUAUGUGGACAGCUCAGUGGGUGAGUGGGGAGACAUCUCCUUCCUGGUCAGUGACGUGUUCCACCCGUCCACCACCAGAGGGCACUGUCUGACAUUCUGGUACCACAUGUAUGGCACCCACAUUGGGACUCUCAAGCUCUUCAUAAAUGACAGAAAUAGACAUGCUGGUGGCGAUGAAGAGGGGAUACUGCACUGGAGAGAGACCGGAGACAAGGGGGACAGGUGGCUGGAGGCCCGUGUGCCCAUUAUACAUGAUGAGGCAUUCUGGUUUGUGUUUACAUAUCAGCGAGGGAGGGUAACAGGUGGAGACAUUGCUCUUGAUGACAUCUCCGUUCUUCAUGGUCCAUGCUACACUGACCCCAUCGACCCACCGCAUCAUGAUAACACUUUGUUGACAGUUGGCCUUGCCGUUGGUCUGACUUUGCUGAUCGGCGUUGUCAUCUCAGUCUUCCUCUACAUACUAAACAGGAAACGUUGUACAGAAGUUCAGCCAACAAUUCUAGAUAACGAACCUGUUGAAGAGGACUCUGUGUUUACCCUCUUUGACUGCAGAACAGAAGGGACACAACAUGGAACCCGAUCAGACUUUUCCUUCUUCAACCAACUGUACAAUCCAUCACAGCAGACGACAGUGACUUCAUCUGAUGCUUAAUCCAGAAGUGUCUUUCAGUACACUAAAGAGAAUGACCAGCAUGUAAAUUAUUCCUGUAUACUUGGAAAUAUUUUGUUUGUAUUUAACAUGCAGUGUGUAUAAGUAAAGUAAUUAAAUUAUUGUUUAUGUGGCAGUUUGUAACUAUAGAUCAAUGACAGAAGAAUGAUUAUGGGACUGGUAAAUGUUA